AUGGACUCCAGGAGGAACUCAGAGAAGUCUGAGAAGACCCAAGAUGACCGUUUUGAGAACACUCUUUUCUCACACAAUGAGGCACCUUACGACACGUCAACAACACACCAUGAAGAAAGGGUUGCUAGAGAGAAAGCCUCCGGCCGCAAAGGCGGCAUCACGGGCAUGUUCCAAGGACUAGGCGACCUACCGGAGUGGGAUGUUCCUGGGCUCGGUCGACUUCGCGGCAAAGCCCUCAACAACGGCAUUGCGUGGGCGUCCUGGCUGGCCUUCCUUAUGUUCGGGUAUGACCAAGGUGUCAUGUCCGGUCUUCUGACCCUGAACGACUUCCAGCGACACUUCCCACUCAUGACGCCGCUGUCGCGCGCGAAUGACAUUUGCUGGCUCGAUUCGCCAGACAAUUCCAUCAGAGAUGAGCGUAUGUGUACUGGCGACGCGAACACCCAGGCCGCGGCUGUUGCUUUGUACCAAGUCGGAUGCUUUCUCGGUGCAGUACUCAUCCUCUUCUAUGGUGAGGUUUGGGGUCGCAAAAGUUCCACUUUCUGGGGGAGUUUCAUCAUGAUCGUUGGCACAAUCUUCCAGGUAGCUGCAGGCGGCACCAAUGGCGGAGACGUCGGCGCCUACGCAGUUUUGAUCGUGGGCAGAAUUGUCGGUGGAGUCGGCAAUGGCAUGGUGACUUCGACAAUUCCGACGUGGCAAUCCGAAUGUGCCAAACCAGAGAAACGAGGACGACUUAUCAUCACAUCAGGCGCCAUCAUUACAGCUGGUAUCAUGAUUUCGUAUUGGGUCGGCUAUGGUUUCUACUUCCUCCCUGCAGGCGCAAGCUACAGCUCCGUUCGAUGGAGAUUCCCUGUCGCCUUCCAGUCCUUCUUCACAAUCAUUGUCAUGUACAUGCUGCUGUAUCUCCCGGACAGCCCCCGUUGGCUGAUCAUGCGUGGUCGCGAACAAGAAGCAAAAGAGCUCCUCUCGCGUCUCGCCGACGAAGACAUCAACUCGGACGUCGUCGCCCUGGAACUGUCCAAUAUUAAUGAAGCCCUUGCGGCCCAGAGCUUGCUGGGCGAAUUUAAGAUGCGCGAGCUCCUGACCAACGGCCCUUCACAGAACCUGCGCCGCACGCUCCUCGGUAUCGCAUCACAAUUCUUCCAACAGAUCUGCGGCAUCAACCUCAUCACCUACUACGCCACCUUCGUAUUCGAAAACUCCCUCGGCUUCGGGCCCUCCAUGUCCCGCCUCCUCGCCGCCGCCAACGGCACUGAAUACUUCCUCGCGUCCCUCCUCGCCAUUCCGCUGAUCGAACGCGCCGGCCGGCGCCGCCUGAUGCUGUUCGGCGCCUUCGGGCAAAUGGCAUCAAUGGCGAUCCUCGCGGGCUCAUCGUCCACCGCUGUCAUCGACGAACUAGGUGCCCCGCGCCUAUCCACGCGCUACGGCGUGGUAGCCACAGUCUUCCUGUUCGGCUUCAACACCUUCUUCGCUAUCGGCUGGCUGGGCAUGUCCUGGUUGUACCCCGCCGAGAUCACCAGUCUGCGCAUCCGCAUCCAGGCCAACGCGCUGUCAACUUGUUCCAAUUGGCUUAGCAAUUUUCUCAUUGUGAUGAUAACUCCUCCAGCGUUUGCGAAUUUGCAGUACAAUACGUACACCAUGUUUGCGGUGUUCAAUGCGGCGCUGCUGCCGGCGGUGUACUUUCUCUUUCCGGAGCCCAAGGGAAGGAGCCUUGAGGAAUUAGAUGUUAUUUUCGCGAAGGCGCAUGCUAAGGGUAUCAGUCCGAGGGAUGCCAAAGCUGGAGGGGAGGGUGCUGGCGGGGGAGAUUGCGAGGUAUUGGGGUGGGGAUGUGGAAGGGGCGGGUCGGUGGAGUGUCACGGGUUUGCAGGAGGAUGGGCGUGGGAGGUCGAUUGA